UGCUGAAAAGAUCUUGCGUGGGUUGGCUGUGUGACGAGCGCAGGAAAGACGAGUUUAACGCUUCUCUGCCUGCAGUUGCUAUCGGAUCUGUCAGGUGAGGAACGCGCUCACGAACCUGAGCGACCGCGAGAUCAUCUCCAAAACCAGCAGCACAGAGCAGCGCGAACUUUACAGCAGGUGGUCCAGCUCGAAGAUCGACGUCUGGGAAAAGUCUGCUGAGAGAAGACAAACGACGGUGUUAUUCAAACUCGACGAGGUUGAAUUAAACAAGAAGAGCGAAUUUUGAUCUCGAGAUGAACUGAAUGAUAUCCAUGAAAAUGGGUUGAGGAAAAGAAACCGAUAAAGAGAGGUGUAAGUAGGAUUUUUAACAUACGUGAAGCCAUGUAUAGCCUACAUUUCAUUUUGAAUAUAUAUAAAUAUAUAUUACUGACACUAUAUUGAGCAAGUGUGUCAUAGACUUUUAAUGUUUCAGUCGCAAAUUCCUCUUCUGCUGCCUGAAUGAAGACAGUUUACUGUGUUGAGAUGUUGGAAAUUACAUUUGUGGUUCAGUUUUACGGAAUUUCACUUUUCUGUUAAUGAAGAAAGCCUUUUCUUCACUUUAUUUUUUUACAGUAUGUUGAAUAUCUCAAGCUGUACAGCUCUUGGAUUUCAGGGAUUAGAUUUAUAUCUGUUUGCUGCUGUUCCUCAUUUUCCACUGUGCUACCUCAGCAUGUGGGAGUUAUGUGUAGCACAGCAAAUCUCAAGAUGACUGGAUUAUAUAAUGAAACACUAGAAAUGAUCUAUAGAUGUUAUUUCCUCUGACUGUAAUAUAGGCAUUUAUUUACAUCACUUAUGAUUUCAUGUCGUCAUUGGACUCAGAUGGAUCUUUUUGUCUGGAAAAGCUACAAGCUGAUGCCCAGAACUGUCCAUGUCUUUUUUUUCUUCUUUAUACAUCAUCUUUUUUCACUAACUUGUUGAAGUACAAUCUUUGCAGCUGAGAGGAUGCAAAUUAUUGACCUUUGAACUCAUUUGCUGAGAGCUGUGGUUACCGCUGUACUUUUUUACAUUUGAAGUAUUCAUGGAUGAACAUUAAGACGCAGUCGAUAACAUUGGUGCUCUACAUGUUCUGUGCUGGUGUUUUUCAGUUGUUGAGACUCAUGUUGCAAUUUAUAGGAUAAAAGACAUUUUUAUCAAGUUUCUACCUUCAGGCUCUUUUGUUUUAUCUCCCCCCCACUGAACUUAUCAGGUGGGGGGGGGGCCCAAAUUAUGGAGUCCAACCCAGACAGCCCAAAUCGGGCUGUGGAGUAUCUUCUGGAGCUCAAUAACAUCAUUGAGAACCAGGCCAAACUUCUAGAGACGCAGCGUAAACGCAUCGAGGAGCUCCAAACACAGCUAGACCGGGUCAACCAGGAGAACCAGGACCUGCGGCAGGACCGGAACCCGGGAACCGAGAACUUGACGCAGAACCACAACUACAACCAGAGCUCUAAGCCCAGCCAGCCGUCAUCACUACCAAACCACAGUGCUGGAGGUGUCCAUCAGAACAGCAGCAGUAAUAUACCCUCAUCCACGGUGCCGGGUCCAGCUCGACGGACCCACACCAGACUGACCCGGGGCCUGUCAUGUGGGUCAGCCCCUGUGGAGAAAGAGAGAGGCCGACUGGAGCGGAAUGACAGCUCUGGGACUAACAACACCUCGACUCUACGGAAACAAGGUGUCAGACUACACUCAUCCUCCAGCUGCUCCACAAUCACUCAUCUCUCCUCAGCUUCCACCUUCACUUCCCAUCAGCCUGCUAAAAGCCGCAGUCACCAUCAGUUCUGCUGCCCUUCCAGGCUGGGCAGACCCGAGCCGGCCUCCAGCAGGUGCUCAGAGCGGGCCAGUGAGGAGGAAACCCAGAGUUCAGCUUCACGUCCCUUUUCAGACAGUUCCAGCAGUAAAUCUCCUUACGUGAACAGCUCUGACCGUUACAGGGACAACAGCUGUGGCCCCCCAGGCCCUCGGGUGCCUUUUGUGCCACCUCCAAGCCCAGCCAGCCUUGCCUGGGCACAGCGUACACGCAACCAACCAGCUAGCCUGGCCCUACGUAAACAAGAGGAAGAAGAAAACAAGAGGUGCAAAGCCCUAUCAGACAGUUAUGAACUCUCUACAGACCUACAAGACAAGAAGGUGGAGAUGCUGGAGAAGAAAUAUGGAGGUUACUUCGUGAGUAGACGAGCAGCACGCACCAUCCAGACAGCAUUCCGUCAAUAUCGCAUGAAUAAGAACUUUGAGCGCCUGCGCAGCUCAGCUUCUGAGAGCCGCAUGACACGGCGCAUCAUCCUUUCCAACAUGCGACUGCAGUAUUCGUUUGAUGACCGACAUCCUCAACCUCCCACCCCGACUCACUACAGUCACAGUCCAGGAAUGGGUCCUCCGCAUUCUCCUACCUGCACCACAGAGCCAAGCUCCCCAUCACGACCGGAAUACACCCAUCUGGAGGACUCCUUCUCAAAACAAGUGAAGUCCUUGGCCGACUCUAUUGAUGAUGCCCUAACAUGUCGACCACGCCGAGAUGAUUCCCAGGAAGGUAUAGGGGAUGGAGGUGGUGUUGUGGAUGACUUUGGUGAGUGCAUAUGGAGCAGCAAUAGCCAUGCAUCGUUACGGAGAGGUCUUGGAGACAGGGAUCGAGGAGGUACAGGGGGCUUGAGCAUGCAUGAAGAUAGCACAGCCACCUCCUACAGUGAUGUCACGCUUUACAUGGAUGACGGACUACCUUCCUCCCCGCUUUCUCUAGACCGGGCCCCUAGCAGCACAGACACUGAGUUCUGGGGGGGUGUUGGAAGUGGAGUAGGUGGUAGGGAAGACAGCCGUGACACAGAAGGAGGAGGAAGCAGCAAUAGCCGCCGAAGCACACCUUGCACAGAGUGCCGUGAUUACCGUUUACGGGGGCACUUACCGUUACUUACGAUUGAACCACCUAGUGACAGCUCAGUGGACAUGAGUGACCGCUCGGACCGAGGCUCCCUUAGCAGACAACUAGUCUUUGAGCAGGACUCAGCGGGAGGGUCACCUCAAGGGACACUGAAACACAACCCUAAUGCUCGUUCAACAUCCUCAACAGCUGCACAAGGUCAAACACGUCCAGCUAACCGAUCGAUACCAUCGCACAUCCCGCACCACAUGGCUCACCAUCAUCACCAUCACCACCACCACCAUCACCAGUACCCCGACACCCCUUCAUCCUCCUCCUCUCCUCAACAGCCCCCAACCACACCGCUCUCAUCCUCCUCUUCAGCACCACUGCCUCCUGGUGGCUUGGAGCAGCAGUGCUGCUCGGAUGGUGAUAAUGACUCACUGAACUCCACCACAAACUCUAAUGAGACUAUUAAUUGCAGCUCAGGCUCCUCUUCAAGGGACAGUCUGCGGGAGCCCUUGCCCCCAUUAGGAAAACAGACCUACCAGAGAGAAAGUCGUCACAGCUGGGACUCUCCUGCCUUUAACAACGAUGUAGUUCAGAGAAGACAAUAUCGCAUCGGACUCAACCUCUUCAACAAGAAACCAGAAAAGGGUAUUCAGUACCUGAUUGAGAAGGGCUUUGUGUCAGACACACCAGUGGGCAUCGCUCGCUUUAUACUGGAAAGGAAAGGCCUGAGUCGCCAGAUGAUUGGAGAGUUCCUUGGAAACAGACAGAAACAGUUCAACAAAGAUGUAUUGGAUUGUGUUGUAGAUGAAAUGGACUUUUCUGGAAUGGAUCUCGAUGAUGCUCUGAGGAAGUUUCAAGCUCAGAUAAAAGUCCAAGGAGAAGCCCAAAAAGUGGAAAGACUUAUUGAGGCAUUCAGCCAGAGGUACUGUGUUUGUAAUCCAGCACUGGUAAGACAGUUCCAGAACCCAGACACCAUCUUCAUCCUAGCUUUUGCCAUCAUCCUCCUCAACACAGACAUGUACAGCCCCAAUAUCAAAGCGGAGAGGAAGAUGAAGCUGGACGAUUUCAUCAAAAACUUGAGAGGGGUGGAUAAUGGUCAGGACAUCCCACGUGACUUACUGGUUGGAAUCUACCAGAGAAUUCAGAAGUGGGAACUGAGAACCAAUGAUGACCAUGUUUCUCAAGUCCAGGCAGUGGAGAGAGUCAUAGUGGGCAAGAAACCUGUUCUGUCUCUGCCCCACCGCAGACUAGUGUGCUGCUGUCAGCUCUAUGAAGUCCCGGACCCCAACCGUCCUCAAAGGUCUGGAGUUCACCAGAGAGAGGUCUUCCUCUUCAACGAUCUGCUUGUGGUUACAAAGAUCUUCCAGAAGAAGAAAACCUCCGUAACGUACAGUUUCAGACAGUCCUUCCCUCUGGUGGAGAUGCAGGUUCACAUGUUCCAGAACUCUUACUAUCCUCAUGGGGUCAGACUAACGUCAGCGAUCCCGGGUGGUGAGCAUAAAGUUCUGAUUGUGUUCAUGGCCCCUAGUCAACAGGACCGCACACGCAUUGUCAGUGAUCUGAGGGAGAGCAUUGCUGAGGUCCAGGAAAUGGAGAAAUACAGAGUGGAAUCUGAGUUAGAGAAGCAGAAGGGAGUAAUGCGGCCCAGCCUGCUCACCAACAGCAUUAUGACAGGAGGAGUGGGUGGGGUCAAGAAUGAAGUGGUGAAUGGCACUAUGGGAAGACCUAGUCUAGAUGACAACUAUUCACCAGGAGAGGGCCUCAAACGUACUGCUCUCAGCUCCUCACUGAGGGACCUGUCUGAAUCAGGGAAACGUGGCCGCAGAAACAGCGUUGGUUCCCUUGACAGUACAAUGGAAGGUUCCAUCAUUAGCAGUCCGCGGCCUCACCAGCGUUACCCAGUAGCCACUGUGCUCCCGGGAUGCUAUGGAACAGAAGACUUCCGGCCUCAACGCCCCAUCCUGAGCCCCGGAGUGGGGGUGGGGGGUGGGCCGGGGCAGCAACACACACCUGUAGUGACUGGCGCUGGGCCAGUCUCCAGCAGCACCGAGAGAGGAACGACUGGAAUGGGGACCGGGAGCAACAGCAACAACACUGGAUCCUUCCUGGGCUCCCUGUUUGGGGGCAAGCGAUCCAAAGCACCGGGUCCUAUUAUCCCCCCGGGGCCACCCUACCCCGCCCCUGUGGCCCCACCGACUACAGGAGGCCCACCACCUCUGUCCCCGUCUUCGCUGUGCCCGGCAGAGGGCGGGGGGCCUUCCAAGAUCCAGGCCCUGCACGCCCAGUACUGCCACACUACCAGCAACAGUGUCAGUGGGCAGCCUCCGCCCCCGUACUACCACCAUCAUCGCUUCCAUACGCAGACCGUACCCUCGUCUGGGCAGCAGGGUCUCCAUACUCUUCAGCGGGUCACCUUGCCUCGACGGCCGCACCCCAACCCCUCCGCGCACUGCCCAUACCAGCCGAUCUCCCAGCAUACUUUGCAGGGUCGCUACGGGAGCAUGGCCAACAUGGGCUCCGGCCUCCCUCCCCCCCUUUCUCCUCACUCCCCACUCUCCCCUCAUCCACAGUUUGCGCUGUUUCACACACAGCCCACACACUCGGCCAGAGGGGGCGGCAUCAGCAAGCCCCCUCUUACCCUGUCGCACUCGCAGCCGCACCCGCACGCACACUCCCAUCCCGCGCACGUGCACACGCCGCACCCGGGCUCCCACCCCGUGCACCAACCUCACUUCGUCUUCGCCAGCCCUCCUCCUCCGCCUUUCCCUGCUCCCACUCAGCCGCCUCCAGUCUCCGCGUCCGGCACUGUCCACCACGUGCCUCCGGCCGUCCAGUAUCUGCCCCAGUAUCCUCCAUUGUCCUCCAUCCCCCCUCCCCCUCCACACUCCCCUACCCCCCCCUUCCUGCCCCCUUACCCCUCUUACGCCUCUCUCCCCUCUCCCCCCCCAGCACCAAGGCCCCCCUUCACAAGCCGGGGGUCAGCAAGGGCCCUCACCAGCUCAGACUGGAGCCGUACCUGGGGGGACGGGCACGGUCGAACGUGCCAAAUCCAAACCUACCAACCGGAUCAGCACGGUAGUGUGAGCCGGGGAAAGUCGCGAGGCUGGGGGUCGCUGAAGGGUCCUUUGGUGGUUGGAGGGGGGACCGCCGCGAGGCUGGAGGAGGCAGGUGGCGGCAGGGCCAAAGCCGAUAACAACACCAGUGGGAAAAAGAAACGCAGCCUGCUAAGACUCUGCUACUUUCACCUGCGCUUCCCUCAAGUGUAACCGAAGGGACUUACCAAGGCAAAACAGCACAAACACACGUAUGUCAUACCGAUAGUUGGAGGCUCUCAGGUAGAUCAGUGCUGUGGGAUAUACACUCGACAACAAAAAACAUUCAUGACACUUUGCUUUCAAUUCAGUUGUUGUAAAUGUCAUAGAUUUGGUAUCCGAGCCAAACCCUUCUUAGCUACUUCUCCUUAAAUCCCAUAUUCAGACACAAAAUAACCUACUGAGGCAUGUAAAGGGAUUACAUACAUGUGGACAUGCACACACAAACUCGAGCACAAAAUUGUCAACAGGCUUGCUUCAAUUACAUAUAGCCAUAAAGUUAGGGUAAAAUGGUUGCAUUUUGCAUUCAUCAUCACUGGUGUUGGGGAAACUGUUGGGUACCUUGCUUCACCUGGGAACCUGUUUAGGAAAGACCAGAGACCAUACAAAUAAUGCUGUGCUAGACAUGAAGAUCAAAGCACAGUACUUGGGCAAAGUACAAUGAUUUCAUACAUUCCAGUAAUCAUGUUGAGCAUUAGUCAAUAGCAUUGGGAAGAUGCAAUAAUCUUUUCACUAAAUUGAUGUCCAGCUUCUACUUGCUAAAUAAUUUUAAAUGCUCUAUUGCUCUUUUUGUACACAUCUAUAACGGUCAAUAUAUUUGAGUGCUAAUAGAGAUAUAUAUACAAGGCAAAUAUCUUACACCCGGUAUGAUUGUUUGAAGUAUGUCAGUACUGGCCUGACCUCUUCUAAUCCUAAGACUAGUCAGCUGUAAAAAGCCUUGUACUGUAUGUGGAUGUGCUAUUUGUAAUCAUCCUAGAAUCAUUAUCCAUCAGAAUUAUUAACCGGUGUAUAUACAAUUAUAUGAUAUUUUAACACAAAAUAAUAUAUCAGUAAUAUUAUAUUACACUUUAUCUUUGAACAUGAUGUGCAUAACUACAGUUGCACCGUUUCAGAAAAUAUAAAUGUAUACACAAUUAGAUAAUACAAUAAGUUAAUUUCAUAAUUUGAAGCUCAUUUUGGAGAGAAAAAAUAGUUUUAUGUUAAAUUUAAAGCAUUGUGUCUAAAUCUAAACAUUUUCUCAUGGCAGCACUGUUUUUAUUCUAUAUUAUUAGUUUUUUUUAACCAGUUGGUGACCAUUAUCAUCCAUAUCUAAAUUCUUAGCACAUUUCUAGGAAAGUUCCAGUAAAGUUGUCAAGGCCCAGAAUGUGAAAACAAAAGGCACUUUAUAAAUGGAUGUGUUUUCUGAACUAUAUUAAAUUAAUAUCUCUGUUAAACAAAAACAUUUUCCAACUGAAGUAUUUUUAUCUAUAUGAGGGCUAGUGACACACAUAUGAAGGAAACAUUCAACAAAAAUCUGUUGCCUCUCUAUUUGUCAUGAGUCUUCACAUCUGAAAUGCCUGUAUUAUGCAGUUUCCAUUGGGGUUUUGCAUUAAUACUGCCAGUCAUACUUAAGGUGUUUUUGAUUAUAUUUUACGCUGUUAUAUGAAUGUUUGCUAUGGAUUUCAAUUUUAAUGAAUAUAACUAUUCUUCUUUUAUGUUAUACGAACUACAGAUGUUAUAAAAUUGACAAAAUUUGAGCGAUAUUUGUAAAUAGGAAAAGUUUUCUCAUGCUUUGACCUUCAACAGUGAAGUGUCAAGGAUGUGUUUUAUUGUUAUUGAAGAUUUUUAUGGACAAACACACUUGUCUUUACAAGUGUCUUUGAAUGUUGGAGACUUUGUAUGGGUAUUAUUUAACUUUUUUUUUUAACAGAAGUUGUGUACCUGUCAUGAUGUUUUUGAUUCAGCUUUCUGACUUUUGGUUUGAGCUACAAGACGGCCUAUUUUGACAUGUUUAAAACAUAACGCCAUGCUUCAGUUUUCAGUAGGCUACCAUACCUAUUUUUUUUUUUCUCUCUGUAUGAAAAAUGGAGGAGAUAAGGAAGAUGGCAGAAAAGUAUAAUAAUCACAUUAAUACAAGGAUUUCAGUUUACCUGUAUGAGAAAGCAAGGUAAUUUAGCCUUAAGUAAGGCCCUAGUAUAAGUACUGCUUGAAGUUCUUGUUUGUGUGGAUGCAUAAUGUGAUCUCAAGUGCUGUUAUAUAUUUCUGGACUGGGCUUAAUGCAGAUGCUCAGUAUUAUUUGUCUUGAUGUGAUGCUCAGUUGUUGUGUGUAAGAUAUUUAUGUUCUUUUGCUACCCUUAUGUGCUCCUGAAUAUGCUAAUUACAUAUGAUUAGCACUCCACCUUACUAAAUUAUAAUAUAAGUAUAAAUGAAAAAUGGGGAUCCAGUUACAUAUGCUUACAUACACAGCCAGAUACCAAUGUGAGAUGAGAGAGAAUAUAAAGAUUAGAAAUUCAUAACUUUGCAUUUACUUUAUUUGAUUAAUGAUUCCCAUAAUCUUUUUUAUUAACUCUCCAUCUUCCCGCUAUUAAUUUUAUUGCAUGAGUAUGUUUGUAUUUACUGAGCUCUGUAACAAACUGUACAUAGACUGUCGUAGUAUGAUUUAAUAUUGGCAGUGGAAUGGGAAGUGUCAAAGGUGUAUGUAUGAGUGUGUGUGUGUGUGUGUGUGUGUUUGGGAGCUUGAGAGUGGGGGGGGGUGUAUAUUUAUUUUGAUUCAAGAAAAUUAAUUUUAUCUGGAAACUUGUACAAGUGUGUAUGUCAAAGCAGAUUGACGUGUAAUUUUGAAAAAAAGGUAUAUGAAGUCAUCUUAUUUGUGUACAGAUAAUAUAUGAAAUUAAGCAAAUUCAGAGAGAUGUGAAUAUUUAUUGCCUAAUAUGAGUAAAAAUAUAUAAUGUGUCUUGACACAA